GGAAAAACCCUCUAGGCCGUUUACGGGGAGGGGCGGGGCCAAGACAUCGGUCGCUCGGCGCUCCUCUAGGCAUCUGGUCGCGAUCAGUCGAGCUGCGAGCGAUCGAUGCUCCUCACGCAAGCUGACCGCUGAGAGCCGCCGCGCUGCGACCAAGCGGAACAAGUUGUCGCCAGCCCCGGGUCAACUUGACCCCGUCCAAACGCUGGAGAGGUCCCGCCUCCUCAAGCUUCCGCCGUUUCUCAGCACGGCUACCUUUGGGACCGAGCUUCCAGCACUUGAAGCUUUGGGGGACGGACCACCUCCACCCCACAGCAGACGUCCCAGCUGUCGGCAUGAGACCCGCAGCGUGAGGCAGGUGCUGUCUGACUGAGCUGCCUGGGCCACAUGGCGGAAGGUCCCCGGGGGCCUGGAGAUGCCCUCUGGGAGGCCCUCCUGGCGCUCCUGCCGCCCAUGAGGGAGGAGCUGAAGCUGGACGUCGGCGAGAAGGUGGACAGAGGCGCAGCGCUGCUGGUGCAGCAGGCGGUGGAGCUGUUCCUUGGGGGCCGGCAGGCCGAGUGCCUGCAGGCCAGCGAGGCCAUGCUGGACUACACCUGGGAGAAGCUCAACGCCGGGCCAUGGCAGGCCGUGGACAGGGCCUGGCGGCAGGUGUAUGCCCUUGGGUGCCUCCUGAAGACACUGUGCCUGUGCCAGCCGCCCCGGGAGGCCACCGCUGUGGCUGCAGCUCUGCGAGUGUGUGACAUGGGCCUGCUGAUGGGUGCAGCCAUCCUCGGGGACGUCCUCGUCAGGGUCGCGGCUGUCCUGCAGGCGCACUUGGUGGCUGAGAAGAGGCCUGACCGAAGUCCGCGCCGGGAGCUGCCCAGCACAAAGAGAGCGAGGUAUGACCACAUUUCUGCUCCAGAUGUGCAGUUGGAAAGAGCCGUGCCCCGGCUCCACCGUCCCUCCCUCCAGCACUUCCGGAAGCACUUUCUGCUUCCCGGGAGGCCUGUGGUCUUGGAGGGUGUGGCUGACCACUGGCCCUGCAUGAGGAAGUGGAGCGUGGAAUACGUCCGGGAGAUCGCUGGCUGCCGCACUGUCCCCGUGGAGGUUGGGUCCAGGUACACGGAUGAGGACUGGUCACAGACCCUUAUGACUGUCAGCGAGUUCAUCAGCAAGUACAUCGAGAGUGAGGCGGGGGACGUUGGGUACCUGGCUCAGCACCAGCUUUUUGACCAGAUCCCGGAGCUCAAGGGCGACAUCAGCAUCCCCGACUACUGCUGCCUGGGCAGUGGGGAGGAGGAGGAGAUCACCAUCAACGCCUGGUUCGGCCCCCCCGGGACGGUGUCCCCACUCCACCAGGACCCCCAGCAGAACUUCCUAGCCCAGGUGAUGGGGAGGAAGUACAUCCGGCUGUACUCGCCGCAGGACUCGGAGGCCCUGUACCCUCACGAGACGAACCUGCUUCACAACACCAGCCAGGUUGACGUGGAGAACCCCAACCUGGAGAAGUUCCCCAAAUUUGCUGAGGCCCCCUUCAUGUCGUGCAUCCUGGCUCCUGGAGAGAUCCUGUUCAUCCCGGUUAAACACUGGCAUUAUGUGCGGGCUCUGGAUUUGAGCUUCUCAGUCAGCUUCUGGUGGUCCUAGCCAGAAGAGUGGGGAGGGCCUGGAAACACCCACAGUGCACUCACUGCAGCCUGCGAUUAAGGAUGACAGGCCCAGGAGGUGGCCAGGGCACGGACGCCUCACUGUCCAGGGCAGUCCAGGUGCAAGGGGGCGUGCAGGACCAGCAGCCCGCUCUGGGCCAGGCGCCUGUGGCCAAGCAAGGCAGGGAGGAGCCGGGACCCUGGCACGCAGCCCACCAGAGGUUGGACACCCCGAAGCUGGUGAGGGGGCAGCAGUUGGAAAAUGCAGGCACUGAGUGCACCCACUGGGCUCCAACCUUUUCUGUCGCUGACCUGACCCAGUCCCCUCCCUGCAGUGUCUGUGUCUCUUCUGGAAGCAGGGGCAGUGCUGUCCUCAUGUGCCAUGUGCCUGUGAGCAGCAGAGCUGCUGUCACCAUCCCACUAUCCCAGUUACAAAGAGCACUUUGUAUUUUCACUUUCUUAUCACUGCCCCCGCCCCCGCCCACCUGGCCUGCAGGCUCAGGAGAGGCAAGCGCAGCCCUGGGGCAGGAGGAUGGGGCUUAUUGCCUACAGCAGAGGGAGGUUAUGGGCUCCCCUGGGCGCCCGCACCCAGCAUCAGCCCUCCCUGCACCUGGAGCUUCCUCCUGCCCUUCCUGUUCCUGUCCAGAGGGCGUACCUACUCCAGGGGGGCCUACGCUUCAGGCUGUGUGCAAAGGUUGGUUUGUGUUGGCCUCUGAGUAAAGACAGGAGGUCCGCCCGCCAAUGGGCAGGAAAGUUUCUCCCCAUGGUCUGGGAGAAUCAGUCGGGUGGACAUUUCUCAGAAGUGCCUGGGUAUUGACACCCUGGCAUGCACCAAGUGACCAUGAAAUAAAGAGGAAUUCAUUCCAGAACAAUCACAGUAGGAGAAAUCAAAGCCAAAAGCCCCUACAAAUUACUUUAUGGAAACUUUAUUGUCUUUAAAAACUUCAUAUAAAUAUGAUAAAAUGUUAGUCCUUUUCA